CGGUGCUAAACAAACUGUUCUACUGAAGCGAGCCUGGUGGAGGAAAGAAGAAGAAGAAGAGCAAAGUACAGGAUUUAGAGAAAGUAGCUUCAUCACAGUAGAGUGGUUCGUGUGUCGAUGUUUUUACAGGUCCCACUUGAAGAAGAAACAUGAGACUUAGGUCUCAAAAAACCGUUGACGUUACAGCUUGUUUGGAGACGCCGCGGAGCAACCGCCGACGGUCCAACAAAGCGACACCGAUAAAAGAUGUUGUAUCGGGGACAGAAAGCCCUCUUCUAACCCAGGAUAAAGAGACCUUGGACGAUGACUCCCACCACUCGGAUGAUGAAAUCCCCACAAUGACGAGGCGACCACUGCCCCGUGGCCGGGCAAGGAAGAGAGCCAUCGCUGUUGAGGACAGAGAACCUGAUUUGUCAUUCAAGACUCCGAUCAGGCCCAUCGUGCGUCAUGAGCGCAUACUGUCGGAGAUCGACCCGGUGUCUCCUCGCAAUACAACAGCCAGAAACAUCUACUCGCCCAUCGUGCGUUUCCUCACACCCACCAAAGAGAAUGGGAAGCGUGCUGGAAGCAGUGUGUUGAUGAGCCCAGAACAAGGCAUGUUUGGUUUUGGCUCCAUUGACCUUCUGGCUGGAGAAGAGGAUGAUGAGAUCUUCAAUCCCUUCACGUUCAUCAAGAACAUACAGUCGCAGUCUCAGCAUUCCCAACCCCAACUCAGAGAUAUUCCCCCCAAGACCAGGAGCACCCCAGAGGCCACGCUGGUGGUCGACCUGGAGGAGACCCUGAUGUUCGGCUCUCUGAAUGUGAUCGAGGAAGCGGAGUACACUUUCCACACAGCUUUCCAGGACCAUCAGUACAAGGUGUACAUGAUCCUACGGCCACACGUCAAAGAGUUCCUGCAGUCCAUGGCAAAGACCUAUGAGCUGUUUGUUUACACAUGUGCCAAGAAGGAAUAUGCUGAGAAGAUACUGGACAUCCUGGACCCUCAGAGAAAACUGUUUCGACAUCGCCUGUAUCAGGACGACUGCGCCUGUGUUCUCGGCCACUACAUCAAAGAUCUCGGCGUUCUCGGGAGGGAUCUCGCCAAGACGGUUGUUCUGGACAACGCACCACACACGUACCCGUAUCACCUGAUGAACACCAUUCCCAUCAAGAGCUGGUCCGGAGAGUCGGAGGACCGAGAACUCCAGAAGCUCAUCCCCUACAUGGAGAAGCUGUCUGCAGCGGAGGAUUUUCGGGAGGUGCUGAAGAAGAGGAAGGACCACUUCCACAGGCUGCUGUCAGAGGACUAACAGGACCCCCCCCCCCCCC